AUGGAUGUUGUGAACUUUGCUUCCUGUGCUAUUGGAAAACGCCUGGAUACUUUUGGCCUUCUACUGGACUUGGUUAUCUGGUUUGUGAAUUGGCUAAGCCUACUUUUCUCCAACAUGGGUUCCUCUCUGCAUGACCUGCCAGUGGUGCCGAGAGGCUCCACCUUAUUAGAAUGCUGGAACUGUGCCCUGUUCUCCUUCCUCACUGUAACCGAGGUGUCACGCCCUGGCUCAGGGUGUGGAUUUUCUAUGUUUUGUUUUCUAUGUUUUUGUUUCUAGAUCGUGUUGAUCUAUGUUGGCCAGGGUGGUUCCCAAUCAGAGACGGCUGUAGCUCGUUGUCUCUGAUUGGGGACCAUACUUAGGCAGCCUGUUGGCACCAGUUUAUUUGUGGGGAUCUUGUUCCGUAAGGUUUGUUUUGGUGUUGUAACCUCAGGACUUCACGUAUCGUUCGUUUUGUUGUUUUGUUCGUGUUGUGUACUGAAAUAAAAUGUACGCUUAUCACGCUGCGCCUUGGUCCGUGUCUUCAGUCGACGAUCGUGACAGAAGAUCCCACCAUAAGAGGACCAAGCAGCGUGCCCAGGAGGAGAAGAUGGCGAUGUCGCAGGUGGGCAAAUGGUGGUCUUGGGAGGAGAUAUUCGCGGGCAAAGGGCCAUGGGCAAAGGUGAAUGCCCAGGCAGGAGAGGAGACUGUGGAGGCGCGCUACAGAGAGGAGCAGCGGCAACGCAGAGGGUACCGGCCGAGGAGGAAGCCCGAGAGACAGCCCCAAUAAUUUUUUUGGGGGGGGCUAAAAGGGUGGUUGGCAGAGCCUAGAGGUAAAGCAGAGCCAACUCCCCGUACUCAGGCUAGGAAGCGUGAGACUGGGCAGGCUCCGUGUUAUCCUGUACGUCCUGUGCUAGCACCACGCACGUGUCGUUCUAAGGUGGGCAUGCAGCCAGGACGGGGUGUGCCGGCUCAACGCUCGUGGCCUCCAGUACCCCUCCUCGGUCCCGGAUAUCCUGCGCCAGUGCCACGUGCUGUAGCGCCAGUACGAGUGCACAGCCCUGUACGUCCUGUGCUGAUGCCUCACACAUAUUGUGCGGAAAUAGGCAUUCAGCCAGGACGGGUUGUGUCAGCUCUCCGCUCCAGACCUCCAGUCCGCCUCCACAGUCCGGUCUGGCCCGUUCCUGCUCCCCGCACCAAACCAGUGGUGCGCGUCGCCAGCCCGUUCCGGCCUGUUCCUGCUCCCCGCACCAAGGCAGUGGUGCACGUCACCAGCCCAGUCCGGCCUGUUCCUGUCCCUCGCACCAAGCCUGUGGUGCGCGUCGCCAGCCCGGUCUGUUCCUGUCCCUCGCACCAAACCUGUGGUGCGCGUCGCCAGCCCGGUCCGGCCUGUUCCUGUCCCUCGCACCAAGCCUGUGGUGCGCGUCGCCAGCCCGGUCCGGCCUGUUCCUGUACUCGCACCAAACCAGUGGUGCGCGUCGCCAGCCCGGUCCGGCCUGUUCCUGCCCCUCGCACCAAGCCUGUGGUGCGCGUCGCCAGCCCGGUCCGGCCCGUUCCUGCUCCCCGCACCAAGCCAGUGGUGCGCGUCGUCAGCCCGGUCCGGCCCGUUCCUGCUCCCCGCACCAAGCCAGUGGUGCGCGUCGUCAGCCCGGUCCGGCCCGUUCCUGCUCCCCGCACCAAGCCAGUGGUGCGCGUCGUCAGCCCGGUCUGGCCCGUUCCUGCUCCCCGCACCAAGCCAGUGGUGCGUGUGUCCAGUCCGGCACAGCCCGUGCCUGUUCCACCGGUGCCUGGUCCGGCACCGGUCAGCUGCUCCACUCCGGAGCCAGAGCAAUCCACUCCACCAGUGUCCAGUCCAGCUCCGGCCAGCGGGACCAGAUCAGGGGCGCAACGGGGGGGUGGAGAGAGAGUGGUGGUCACGCCCGGAGCCGGAUCCGCCUCCGAGGCGGAAUGCCCACCCGGCCCCUACCCUCUUGUGUUUGUGUGGCGCGGUCGCAGUCCGCGCCUUUGGGGGGGGGUACUGUCACGCCCUGGCUCUGGGGACUCUUAUAUGUUGAGCCAGGGUGUGGAUUUUCUAUGUUUUGUUUUCUAUGUUUUUGUUUCUAGAUCGUGUUGAUCUAUGUUGGCCAGGGUGGUUCCCAAUCAGAGACAGCUGUAGCUCGUUGUCUCUGAUUGGGGACCAUACUUAGGCAGCCUGUUGGCACCAGUUUAUUUGUGGGAUCUUGUUCCGUAAGGUUUGUUUUGGUGUUGUAACCUCAGGACUUCACGUAUCGUUCGUUUUGUUGUUUUGUUCGUGUUGUGUACUGAAAUAAAAUGUACGCUUAUCACGCUGCGCCUUGGUCCGUGUCUUCAGUCGACGAUCGUGACACGAUGUGGUCACAGGCACAGCCCACUGAGCUUUUAAUGUACUGGAGGGAUGGCUGCAGACCUUAGGAGGGGUGUUUGAGAGUUUCAAAAUGGUAGGCCACCUCUUCUCACGUUGUGUGGAGCACCAAGGAGCUGCUACACCGUGGACUACUGUCUGCAAAUACUGUGCUUGAACAGACUUGUGAAGGCUUCAGCAUUUUGCUCAGCCUUGUUUUCUACUUUGUCAACAUUCUCCUCAUUGGUACCCAGAACUGCUUCUCUGCAAUAGUAGGCCCCCUGCAUAAAGGCUUGGAGCUGGACCUCACUUCUCACCUUUCUAUACAGCUGCCUGGUGGGCACCUCUGUACUGUUUUGGACACCCAGCCAGCUAGCCCUGGAGUUUCUGAGCUCCAUUGGUCAUGUCUUUAUCACAGUAUUCAUGCUCAACAUCUAUGGCUUGCUCCUAACAUCGGUCAUCAUUGCUUUGACCUUGCUCUAUCUCAACCUGGAGCUGCCUCGUGUGGCCCAGCAAGGUCUUCAAUCCCAGGAAUGCUAAGUCUACAGAGGACCAUCUAUAGACUGUACCUGCUGGCCAUGGAGCAAGCUCAAGCUCUUCAGGAUAAUGCUGCCGUGCCAUGGGGCAGGUGGCACAAGCCAAGGAGCAGAACAGUACAGCCGCUUGUGGCUGAAGGGUGGAGUGGGGUACCCAGUUAUGGAUCUAAGGGCCCCAGGUAGUCCUACUGACCAUACAGGUAUCCUUCUACCCCCAGAGCAGACUGGAAGAGAACAAGUGGAGUUAUACUCAACACUUCAACAGUAGGUGGGAUGACAUCAACCUUGACCCAAACCAAUACCACCACCCGUCUACAAGGACUAUAGUGACGCAGCAUCCUGCCUCUGGCCAAGGCAGCUAGGCCCCUCCAGUAGACACUGGCCUCCUCAGCCUGUUGAAGGAGCAUGAGGAGUGGAAGAAGUGUGUAAUCUGUCAGGACAGGGUCAAGAACGUGCUGCCACCUGUGCCUGUGUCGCCACUGCUCGGCCAUCUUGCUGCAGCAGCCCCCCUUGCAGCACAGCAGUCCCCUCUGCCGACCGACCAUCACAUAGAUGUCUUCCUCUGA